UUGUUGUUUGUUUUAAUGUAGAGUUUCUCAACCUGUGGAUAAGGACUCAAAAUUGGGUCCUUAGAGUGUUUCAAAGGGUGACGUGGCAGUUUCUGUGACUCUUGUCCUACAAGGUUGGUUGGUUGGUUUGGCUUGACUUCCUACUCCAUGCACUGUAACCUCUGGGGUUCCAACAUCAUUCAGAGGUUUGUCCCAGCUGUUAUGAUGACAAAAAUCUGAAUAGGGCAGAGUUGAGUGGGUGGUACUGCAGUCAGGUAAGCUAGAUCACAACACCACGCUCACAAAUUUGGUGCAGCUGGUAGGGCCAAAUCUGAGCAAGGCUGCAACUCCAGAGUGGAGAGCCAAACCCAGUCAGCCCCACAGGACAUGAGCUGCAGCGGGUACCAAUGUGGAGUAAGUGAGUGGCAGGAUUCAGCCUCCUCUAGAAAAAAUCUGGGGGUGAUGGCAUGUAACCCUACAUGGUCCCUUCCCACAUCCCCUCUGGUAGGGGGUGGAAAUAUGUUUGCUUUCCUGGAGCACUAAAAUGCUUAAUUACAGCUCUGCCUGAGGGCUUCCCACCACCAGACUGUUUACUGGGUCACAAGAGGCUAUAAACAUUUACAAAUGAGUUGAGACCCAAAAGAUUGAGAAUCACUGUUUUAGUGGCGCCACUGUGAAAAGUUUAAUCUCUGAAAAGUGAUCAAAAGUAUUUUGAUUGCAGACACAUCAGCUCAGAGACUAUCCUUCUUGAGUUCUUGGAAUUUAAAGUGAUUUUAGAAACUGGUUCAGAAAAACAAAUAUGGCCAUUUAAAAUUGCCUAAAUAAUGUGCCUUUAGCUAAUUCUAAAGUUAGUAUAGUGGAACGGGCUUUAAAAUAGUUCUGAAAAUUUCCCUAGUGAAGAUACAUCAUUGAUGAAUCUGAGAAAUAGUAAGUUUAAAAGUGACCAAAGAAAAUACUUUUUAUCCACAUAAUUAAGCAGAGAAACUCAUUGCCAUGUAUAUUAUUGAAUGAAUAAUUUAAUAGGAUUCAAAAUUAGAUGCUCAUAUGAAUGAGAAUAGUUAUAUUUAUGUUGCAUAUUAUCUUUGUAUAAAUGAUAAAGGCUCAUGCUUUAGGGCCUAAACUCCCAGGGAUUAGGAGAAAAACUUUUUCUGUGAGCAGACUAAUUCAUAAUUUCCCAUUAUGGGGCUUCUUGUAUCUUCCUUGAAAGUAUCUGGUAUUGCCUGCCCACUGUCAGAGAAGUGAUGUGAUUUAAUACCGCGAUUCCUUUCCUCUUGUACACCACUAGAAAAAUUCUGGUUUGUUUGUUUUUUUCUCCACUGACAACUAGAUUGCAGUUUCUGCAAGCUGAUGAGAUGCAAUAGAAAGGGACUAUAACUCUUGGUUUGGAAGGAUUAAGUGGCAUAGAGGCUUGUCCCUUAGUACAGUAUUCAGCUGGUAAAAACAAAAAGGCAUAAAGGGUGUGAUGGCAGGUGCUGGAGAGCGCAAGGGGAAGAAGGAUGACAACGGCAUUGGCACAGCCAUCGAUUUUGUGCUAUCCAAUGCCCGGCUCGUGUUGGGUGUGGGCGGCGCUGCCAUGCUAGGCAUUGCCACACUGGCGGUCAAGCGAAUGUAUGACAGAGCAAUCAGUGCUCCCAGCAGCCCCACCCGCUUGAGUCAGUCUGGAAAGAGAAGUUGGGAGGAGCCAAACUGGCUGGGGUCCUCAUCACGGUUACUGAACCAGGAUAUGAAGAAAAAUCUGAGCCGCUCCCUACAGACUCUCCCCACUGACCCCUCAGCUUCAGACUCAGACAUCUUCCAACCCGCAAAGCCCAAACAGUCUGCCAAGAGGAGCCAAGUAGAAUUGAAGAAGUCCCACCUCCGUCUGUCCCUGCAAGAAAAACUGUUUGCCUACUACCGGAGAAAAGUGGCUAUCCCAGCAGAAGAGCAAGCCCGGGCCAAGCAGGCAGCAGUAGAUAUCUGUGCUGAACUGCGUAGCUUCCUACGUGCCAAGCUGCCAGACAUGCCCCUGCGAGACAUGUACCUCAGUGGCAGCCUGUACGAUGAUCUGCAGGUAGUGACAGCUGAUCACAUCCAGCUCAUUGUUCCUCUGAUCCUGGAGCAGAAUCUAUGGUCUUGCAUUCCAGGGGAAGACACCAUCAUGAACAUCCCUGGCUUCUGCCUGGUGCGUCGGGAAAACCCAGAAUACUUCCCCCGUGGGAGCAGCUACUGGGACCGCUGUGUGGUAGGGGGUUACCUUUCCCCCAAGGCUGUGGCAGACACUUUUGAGAAAGUAGUGGCAGGAUCCCUCUGCCCAGCCAUUGGAUCCCUCCUGGACUAUGUGAUCCGUCCAGCAGCACCUCCAGAGGCCUUGACGCUGGAGGUCCAGUAUGAGCCAGAACGGCACCUUCUUAUUGACUUUCUACCAUCGCUGACCCUCGAUGACACCAUCCUGGUGGCCAGACCCCAUCGACUGGUCCAGUAUGACAAUCUGUGGCGACUGAGCCUACGGCCAGCAGAGACAGCUCGCCUGCGGGCCCUGGACCAGGGUGAUUCUGGUUGCCGUUGCCUGUGCCUCAAGAUUCUCAAAGCUGUGUGCAAAUCAAACCCAGCACUGCGCCACCUCACUGCCAGCCAGCUCACCAAUGUCAUCUUGCACCUGGCCCAAGCGGAGUCUGACUGGUCUCAAGAUGCACUAGCUGACCGCUUCCUGCAGGCACUGAAAAGUCUGAUUGGCUACUUGGAGGCUGGUGUCUUACCCAGUGCUCUCAAUCCCAAGGUGAACUUGUUUUCAGAGCUCACCCCUGAAGAAGUGGAUGAAUUGGGCUACACCCUCUACAGCUCCCUCUCAGAGCCGCAGGUCUUGCUGCAGACGUAAUGAGACUUUACAUGGGACAGUGUUGCUGGGGUUGUUGGCCAAGGUGGACUUUGUUUGACUCUUACUAAAUGUUGCCCUCUUCCCCCCCCCCACACACACACACACAAAAUCUUUUUUUCUUUAGGCCAUCCAUACUUCCUGCUAUAAAGUUGGUGCUUCUGCUGGAUUUCUUGGUGCUACUGGUCCAGUCCCAGCUUUUAUCUGUUGCCUGGGAGGGCAGGGUGGGUGGAACCACUAUGCAGUGUUUCUUCUUAUUGCCUACUGCAAGUGUUCCAACCUUGUACCAAAACACUGUGCCCUCUUUGCCCUAUGCUACUUGCUGCAGGGAGUGAACCCCUUCACUCUCACAUUAGAGUGGGUGGAACUGGGCCAGUGACUCCAAUGGCAAAUUGAGCAAAUUUAUUGUUGAUGUCUAGUACUUCUCCCAUCCUUAUUUGUUUCCUUUUUCACCUACCUUAUUGCUUUCCUUUCAUUUCUCUCGCACUCAGACCCAGCAGUACAUGUCAGCCCAACUGGGAUUUUUUUUAAAUAGGACAAUGAAUAGCAGUGAUUGUAUUAGAGUGAAUGCUGCAUGGUGAUUGUACAGGCAAUUUUUAGGGGCACAAGGCUGCCAAGAGAAGUUUGCACAUGGCUAAUGUUUCUGCCAAUGUAGAGCCCUGUAACAUUGUCAUCCUUAAUAAGCUGGGUGUAUAUGAUCAGUCAAAGG